AUGUUGGUCGUCGCCGCCGCCGCCGUGGUGGUGGGGACUCACGGCGGGGUUAACAAAGGGGUUCCAACUGAUGUAUGCCUCGGAUCUGGUGCAUAUAUGCCUCGGAUCCUACGUGCAGCAGGUGAGCAGUUCUUCGCUGUUCCGGCCUCUACUUCGUUGUCUGUUCGACCUCGAUCGAUCUGCACAACUUUUUGUCCAUGA